AUGGGGUUCAGAAGGCCCCCACUCCCUCCGCCUCCGCCAGGGAUGUACUAUCCCUCCCCCUACUACCCCUCCCCAUAUUACCGCCAUGCGGGCAUGCCGGCUCCGCACAUGGCGCCGCAGAUCAGCCCCGAGCUCCUCGCGCAGUCGAACGGGCAGCCGAACGGCGAUACGAAGGCGGACGGCCCGGACAGGGACGGACCGGACGAGUCGACGCUCAUGGCCGCCGCCGCUCUGCAGGCCGUGCUCGCGUUCCAGAAGGAGCAGGAGGCCCGCGCUCGCAAAGAGGCGGCGGCUGCGACCUCAACGUCGGCGGAGCUGGGAUCCGGAGGGAGCGGGGCGGUGCCUGUCGCGCAGCCUGCGGGCGCGGGGCCAGAGGUCGUGCCCGUGCAGACGGGGCCGAAGCAGGAUGCGGGGCAGGAGCUCUCCGUGGAUGACAUCGUGCGGCCGGAGGCAGAGCUCGUCGCGGACGAAGGGGUGCAGGGCGUGCCAAUACUGAACCCUGCGGAACUGUUGACGCAAGUCGAACAUUUACUGUCCGCCGCGGAGGCUGAGGCUCGGCCCCCGGAACCUGUCGUCGACCCAGCACUUGAGGAGCCUCUGGCGUCUCCGCCGCCGCCUUGA